GAAGAGGAGGAAAGGCUGCUAAGAAGUGAACUGUACCUGAUAGAAGGCACCCACUAAAAACAAUGGAAGGUGAAUGCAUGGUCGCGCUGGAUACAAUGAUCGACAAAGACACAGAGAAACAGGCAACACAGGAAAUCAAGCCCAGGUCAAAGCUAACCAUGGCCCUCCUGGCAUUCACACUUUGCCUCGCUGCUACUGCUGCUGCUGCCCUCGUUGUUAACAGGCGUGCUGAGGCUCCUGGACAAAAUGAGGACAAUUUUGAUCUCCAUCACACUUUGAGGCAAAUAUCAAAUGUGAGAGCAGCCAUUCAUUUGCAAGGAGUACACAACUAUAGUAGAAAGACCUCAGUGGAAUGGCAGAAGGAUGUGGACCAGUCCCACUCUCAGGGAGGACUAGAGCUCGAUAAAAAUGAAAUUGUGAUUCCUCGAGAUGGCCUCUACUUUGUUUACAGCCAAGCAUCUUUCCGGGUUGACUGCAGCAGCGAUGCCGACGAUACCUCCUCACACCCCAUGGUCCACCUGAGCCACACUGUCAAACGCUGGUCUCGCUCAUAUGCACCUAAAUAUGUGACCAUUCUCCACUCUAUCCGUACAGUCUGCCAAAAGACAACCAGUGGGGAUUCAGAUGAGGAUGGGAACUGGUACACUGCAGUAUACAUGGGGGCUGUGUUCAACUUGUAUGCUCAUGACAGACUGAGAACACAGACAGAGGAGGCAAUGCUGGAGAAAUUGGAGGAUGAGCCAGGGAAGAACUUCUUUGGUGUUUUUGCCUUGUGAGGAGAGGUGUCUGAUGAAUGUAGGUGAAAAGGUGACCUCAGACUCCAUUUCUCCACCAUGACCUGCUGUCCUUCUGGAAGGCUUUUAACUAUUGAAUGUGAGGAAACCACAGAUGGUUCACAUUGCACUAAAGAGGUGAUGGAAAAUGUACUUUAACCAUCAGCCAUACUUGAAAUAUUUGUAUCAGCAAGUCAUUUCAUUUUUGUAAGUAAAUCAAACUAUUGUAACUACAGCAGUCAACCAAAGAGUGCUACCAUGUCACUACAGGCUGACAGAAUAGAAAAACAAAGGGUUUACUUUUUGGGGAAUUUAUUUAUUUAACAUAUCUUUGUCGUAUUUAUUUUAUUUGUUGUAUUUAUUUAUUUAUUUAUUGAAAUAUUGAAAUACUUAUAUAUUUAUUAAUUUUAUUGUGUGUUUUAUAAUGAAUGUCCUACUGUAUUUGUGCUGAUUUUUAUGUAUGAAACUAUUUGUUUCGUUUUAUGGCAAGUACAAACAAAUGUCUGAGAAUUUAUAGUG